AUGGCGCCAGGAGCAGGCUACACUACGAAGCUCAAGGUGCAGCUGAAGCUGGCCAUCUCCCGCCUCCGCAUGAUUCAACAGCGCGACGAGCAGCUAGGCAAGACGGCGCGACGGUCGAUGGCGCAGCUCCUGGAGGCGGGCAAGGUGGACUCUGCGACGAUCCGCGUCGAGAACAUCAUCCGGAGCGACAUAAUCACGGAGCUUCACGAGAUCCUAGAACUAUAUUGUGAGCUCCUCCUCGCUCGCGCCGGACUGCUGGACGCGCCGACGUGCGACCCCGGCCUCGAGGAGGCAGUCAAGAGUAUCAUCUACGCGGCGCCCAAGACGGAGAUUAAGGAGCUGAACGUCGUGCGGAACCUGCUGGCCGACAAGUUCGGCAAGGAGUUUGCCCUGGCCGCCAUGGAUAACUCGGAUGGGAGGGUCAACGAGAAGGUUAUCCGCAAGCUCAGCGUCGAGCCGCCCAGGCCCGAGCUGGUGCAGGGAUAUCUCGAGGAGAUUGCCAGAGCGUAUGGCGUCGACUGGCCGAAGCGCAAGGCUGUUACGCCGCCGCCGGCGCCUGAGUUCGACGACGGCGACGACGAGCCUUCUGGCGGAGAAACAGUCAAGAAUAAGAGAAAUGCAGCGGAGGAAGAGGCGGAGGAGGAGGCAUCGUCAGCAGCAGCAAAGGGUACGACGCGACCAGCCGUCUCCAGCACACCUAGCAAGAAGAAGACCAGCUUUGACGUCGGUCCGGCUAGUCCGCUAACUGUCACGCCACCGAGGAUGACGACGGAUAAUGUGCAUCCAAAGGUCACGCUUGGGUCGGUGGAGAUCAAGCCCUCGGACAAGGCGCCGCAGGUACGGAAGAAGAGCGAGCCGGAGGGGUCUGUGCCCGAGAUUGGUGAUUUGGAGAGACGGUUUGCUGCUCUCAAGAGGGGUUAG